CUUUUGGCAGGAGACACGCACGCGCAAUGCAGCUACAGACGCCACAUUGCCCCCGAUCGAGUCUGCUAACACCAGAAGAGAGCGCGGCCGGAGUCUAGAAGCCUCAGGUUCUGCACGCGCGAGAGCGCCAGAAAUGCCAAUGAACUAACGAUUCAGCCUUCCUCGUACGCAACGAUUACGCCGAAUAUGAUCGCCAGACCGUAGUGGCAUCUGCGGCGCGUUGUCUGGCAUCCUCCAACAACAACGCGCGAUCCAGAUUGCCACGCUCAUCAUGGCUUCAGCGCUGCACGCAAAUCCCAUUGAGAGGGAUAUCGAGAUGCACGAUUCCUUGACGCCGACCCUGCAGGAUCUCGCCCGUCAAAAUUUGCCACUUACACUGCCGUGGCAUCCCAGGGAAACGAUCAAGCCAGGCAUGAUCUUCUCCUCCUUGAGGGCCGACACUGACAAGCCGUGGUCCAAGCUGAGCCCGUUCAAGCCAAGAAGUCUACAGGAGACGCCAAUUCGAUUCAGCAGAGCCAACGGCGAUGUUGCUAGCUAUUGUUCACAAUCGACGUCGUCUCGAGUCGAGAACAAUGAGCACAUGAGUGUCAGUCUUACAGUAUCUGUCGAAGCACUGGUCGCUAGUGCCAGCGUGGGUGGAUCGUACGCCAAGUCAGUGGCGAAGAACACCGAUGCAAACAAAACAUCGGUGCGAUCUGUGUUCCGCAGUGGAACGGUGCUCAUGGACCGAGUUCCCUCGCUCACUGACGAAGCUUUAAUCAAGUUGAAAUAUGACGGUGGCCUCGAUGCCUUCAAGGAGACCUACGGAGACUAUUAUGUGGCGGGCUACCGCCUAGGAGUCGACAAUGGGCUUUUCGUCAGCUAUGACGGCUUCGCGGAGCGCAACAGUGAGACAAAGGCACUGGAAGCCAGCGUCAAAGUCCUCGGUGUUGGCAAGACUCACAGGGAGUUCUGGACCAAAAGCAGUGGGUUGCAUAACCAGUCAAUCCGCUUCGUGGCCUACGAUACUCUCGACGAUAUCAUGAUCGAGAAAACUGUGAAAGCUGCAGGAUCUAUGACAGCUCUCGAAAAGGAAGUUGACGAUAUGUCAAACAAAGCACAAAACAUCGAGCAGAGGAAAGCAGCUUCCGCAGUCUGCACUUUUGUAAACAAGAGUCAUUUGACCUACCAGCGUCACAAGAGAUCCUAUCAUUUGAAUUAUCCCAAGACCCUGGAACGACGUCUGAGAGAUGGGGCUGUCGCAGAGGCGGGACGGAAACAGAGAGCGCUCAUCAAGCUAUUCGAACUCGAUGAUCAACAGAAAAUUGACGCCAAAAAGCAACUUGCUGGUUUCAAUGAAUGGGCCAAACCUACAACAAAGGUUGCGGCCAUGUUCAGUCAGCAGGUUGUCCCAGGUACCUCCACGGGGUUCAGUAUCGGGGAGAACUUGGUGAUCACGGCGGGCCAUUGCGUUGUGGAUCCGGAAGGAAAUGACCCAAUAACUGACUACUACGCCGUCUUCGGUAUGACCGUGGAGUUGACUCGCAAUGGAAACUUCCCCGAAGAGCAAGUCUACAGUGUGAAGAGAGUUAUUCAACGUGCGUUUGCAGACGAUUACGACAACCCAAACGCUGGAAAGCCAUCACCGCUGCAACCACUGCUGAACAUACCGCUUUGGACGCGGAAAGGUGUUAACUAUGACUGUGCAGUCAUUGAAUUGGUCGGGAGGAGUAAAAGCUCGUUGAGUCAAAUGACCUUGAAGCCGUCGCCAGUACAUACCAAUAUGGAAGUGUCGCUGAUCGGCUCGCCGCGAGGUCUGCCGCUGAAAUGCUCGAAGGGCGGUCGUAUAUUGGAAGCGAUUGACUUGAAAUGGCACGACCCAGCGAAUCAGCCAGCAAGGCCACCUUUGAAGCCUGGUCUAGCAGAGAAGUUCGAAUCCUUUCUAUUCUCUACACUCAGCAUGGUGCUGACUGUAGCAGUGCAACUUUCACAGUCGAUGUUGAUUCCUUCCCAGGUCGGUACCUUGCUUGUCCGAUCUUCCUCUUCGCUGACACGCCCAGGCAAUUCUGGAGGCCCGUUGGUUCAAGAAACUUCGCCGUCAGUGGUGGUUGGCAUCACGCGUUCCGGAGUGAACUUCCCGUUCUCCGAUAGCUCACUAUCGAGCACACAAGUCGCUCCAGGCCGCCUCACCAACGAAUGGGCUCGAAAGCAGUUACUGACAAAGGAAGCUAUCGCCGAAGCAGAAGCACUAGGCUUUCCGCUGAAUAAGGCCAAAACCAAAUUGGGAGCGGAUAUCGAUGCAAGCUGGCUCUACGGAUACGAGGGAGUCCGUCUGUCCAACGAUGCCAAGUACCUCUACCAGCAUCGUUUUUACGCCGAAAGUGCCGUCAUUCGCAAUCUGAAUCGCUUCACGAGAGUUGAUGCACUCUCAUAUUUCACCUCGAGUCUUGCGGCAUUCCGUCAGGCUCAACGAUCAGAUGUCCCGCAGGUCCAAAGCUCGUUGUCCAUCUUCUUUUUUUGGCCAGACUCGCACACUAUGGGCUUCAAAGGUGGUCUAAGAUUGAGGAUCAAUCUUCGAUCCGCGUACUUCGAAACCGACACACUCACUCCAGACCCUUCGACUGGCUGGCUUGAGAGUGAUAGCAAUAUUUAUUGGCAAUACAAUGCUCGAGACACGCCAGCCCAGCCACCAGGGAGGCUGUUUUCAUUUGGUCCUGGAAACAUCCCGCAUGGUGCCUGUCACUCAGCAAGAGGCAUCGCAGACUGGGAGUCUGUCGAGGUCAUUCGUGAUGAUAACCAGGCCUGGGAAGAUACACCAACAUCACUCGAGCACAGAGCAUCGUUGUCGCUCGACCUGCAGUACAAGCGCCUGACUGAUACCUCGAACCAGCCUCGCUGGGGGGAGGAAAUAUUCGCAUUUGGCGUGAACCUGCUCUUGGACACGAAAAAAGACAGACACGGCAGAAACACCGAAAGUUUGAUCGGCGUGAUAGGGAAGCUGGAACCUCCCCCACCAGCGAAGAUGCCGGAAAAUCUGAACUCGCGGGACGAAUAUUCCAUAUGGAAAGGUCCGAAGAGACCGGAGGCCGUAGAGGAUGCAAUUGCGCCGUUCGUAUAG